UAUUUUUGUAUUAGGUGAUGGGAAGGCGUCGUCGAAAUUAUUUGUAAGAACUCGACGGCAAUUGUACACGGACGUCGCGUAUUGCUGCCAGUGUAGAUCGUGAAUUACGACAGAUUGACAAGUGCUGAGAACCAUGCCCAAUAAGGCGAAGAAGGCACGUACGGUGGCGAAAAAGAAGAUGAUUAGCUUGCGUGAUUCAAGAAUCAAGAAAGAGGAGCGGAAGAAGCCGAAGAUUAAAAUAGACAAGCUCGAGCUCAAAGUCAAUCAUGUGCCUCAAGUGUCGUCCGCACUUUUCUUCGAAUUCAAUUCUCAACUUGGGCCUCCUUUCCACGUGAUCGUUGACACGAAUUUCAUAAAUUUUUCUAUUAAGAACAAGUUAGACGUCGUCAAGUCCAUGAUGGACUGUCUAUACGCGAAAUGUAUCCCAUACAUCACCGACUGCGUCAUGGGAGAGUUGGAGAAACUGGGAGGCAAAUACCGUGUAGCUCUGAAAAUCGUCAAAGAUCAGCGGUUUGAACGAUUACCGUGUACUCACAAGGGCACAUAUGCUGACGAUUGCAUUGUUGAGCGCAUCAUGCAACAUAAAUGCUACAUAGUAGCUACCUGCGACAAGGAGUUACGUCGAAGAAUACGAAAGAUCCCCGGGGUGCCGAUCAUGUUUAUUUCUCACCAUCGUUACAACAUUGAAAGAAUGCCAGAUGCUUAUGGCGCUCCGAAAAUGAUGAGUGCCUUCCGAGAUUCAUUCAAGUACUACAGGAGUGGUAAAAUCGAAGAUUUGAUGAACUCUGUUGUGUGUUUCGAGAACCUAGCGUGGUCAAACCGCGACAUCGUUUUGCCCGCGAAUUUUGUAGAACGUUUCUCUCUACAUAAAGUGUUGAUAACCUUUACAAUUCCGGAGCAGCCGGACCUGAUUUGCAUAAAGUGCCCUUUCAAAGCCGAAGGAAUCCGUUAUUGGAUUGAGAAGUGUUUGAAGACCUACCCUUCGAUUGCGGAAUCGAAAUCAAAUCUUGAUGGACAGUUGAACGUGAGAGAAUCUUGGUGGGAACAUAGCAAAAGCCACCCAGAUGCCAGGAAGAAGCUCCGUUGGGUGACAAUGGGUUAUCAUCAUAAUUGGGACACCAAAGAAUAUGCAGAAGACAUGAAGGGAGAAUUUCCUUCAGAAAUGCGUGAAUUCUUCGUCAAUCUUGCGAAAAUCCUUGGAAAGGAAUUUGACCCACAAGCAGUCAUUGUUAAUUAUUAUCCCUUCGGUUCCAACUUGGGACCGCAUCGGGAUGAUUCUGAAAAAUAUUUCAACGCCCCCUUGUUUUCGAUGAGCAUCGGUCAAGGUGCAAUAUUUCUGAUUGGAGGUGAAACUAUGGAUGUCAAGCCCAUUCCGAUGCUCCUGAAUUGUGGAGAUAUUCUCGUGAUGGAUGGUUCAUCGCGUCUUGCUUAUCACGCUGUUCCACGCAUAAUUAAAACGGAAGAGGAACACUGGAAAAGAAAAGCCGAUGAAAGAUGGGUGAUGGAGUACGUGAGCUACUUGGAGAACCAUCGAAUUAACAUUAACGUUAGACAAGUUACUAAAGUUUGA